GAGUCCCCGGCUCCUCCUCCUCCGCACACCCAGGAUAUACACACACACUCACACACAGUCGCGGCUGGACAUGCACACCCAGCGCCCGCUGCCGGCGCCUACACUCGCAGGUGGCGACACUCACCUGAGCUGGUACAGAGGGCUCCAGCCACCUUGGGAGCGGCGGAGCGGCGGCCUGGGCCCGGAAGGGGCCCGGAGUGGGGAAAGCAGGAGCGGCCCCAGCGCAGACCCGGGAUCCGAGGUGAUGGCGCGUUUUCUUUAAUCCCCUUCCUUCAGUACCUGGGUCCCCCCCACCCAUCCAGCCCACGGCCCCCGGAGAAGCCGGGAGAGACGGGCUCCCGGGCGCAGAACACACGCGGGCGCACGCUUCUCCGCGCGCUCACCGAGAGGGGCGCGGCUGAGCCCGGGCCGGAAACUUGCAAGAAGUUAGUUUGCAAGUGUCUGGCUACGACGACCGAAGGCAGGAGGAGAAGCCGCCCGGCCCGGCCAGCUGCGUUGCACGGCGCCGCCCUCCACGCCUGGAGUGCUCCCGGAGCCCCAGUCGGCGGGCGAGCCUGGAGGGGCUAGGUGCCGUUAGAGCAAGCAUGGCCCCGGGGCUUCGCCGCGAUUCGGAGAGCGCGGACCGUUUCCACUGAGGCCCGGCGGCGACUCGGGCUUGCUCAAAACCUCAUCCCACCUCUUUCCUCACCUCUCCUGCGCGGAAGCCUGGGGGGCGAGACUCUCGAGGCAGGUGCCGGGGGACAGUGCCCGCCCUCAGCAAGGCUAUCGGAUUGGGGGUUCCCUCAGCGCGCCCUGACUCCAGUCGAGAAGACCGGCCGGCCGUGUGUUUGCGUUUCUAUCCAUCGCGGUGCUCUGCGCGCCCAGACCCUCCCCCCUCCUCUUCCUCGUCGCGGGCCACCCCUCCCCCACUCCCAUCUGCUUCUGUCAAAUGAGAAAGUCACCGCGGAAAACCCAAACACUCCAGCGGCCGAGAGCCCCUUUUGGCACUUGGCAGCACGCGGCGGCGGGCUCCUCGGCCCAACUUGGUGCAAGAUCCUCCGUCACUCAACUUUCGGGGCUGCUUGGCAUUUAAGGCUUUGCCGACAGAGGAAAGGGCAGAGCCGGUCCAGGCAGUGGCCACCUGCAGGGAGUUGACGAGCAAAGGCACCCCGAGUGAAGGACAAAAAGAAAGCAGAGGGCAAAGUACCACCGCGGAGUGGGGACACUGCCAAGAAGUUCCAGGGUCCCGAAGAGGAUCUUUCCUAGAGUUCGGCCAGAGAGACCCAAGCGGCCCGGGACGCAGCGCCCGGGCCCUGGGCCGGUCCUCUGCGCCCCUCUUCCCGAGCGGGGGCGACGCCGGGACGCACGGCCGCCUGCUGAGCGGGUCCCUGCUGGCAGCCAACAUUGAUUUCCUCCGGGCGGAGGCCGAGGCCCCGGGUGGCGGCGGCGGGCUGCAGCCGCGGCACGGCGACAGCAUGUCCAAGCCGGUGGACCACGUCAAGCGACCCAUGAACGCCUUCAUGGUGUGGUCGCGGGCUCAGCGGCGGAAGAUGGCCCAGGAGAACCCUAAGAUGCACAACUCGGAGAUCAGCAAGCGCCUGGGCGCCGAGUGGAAGCUGCUCACCGAGUCGGAGAAGAGGCCGUUCAUCGACGAGGCGAAGCGCCUGCGAGCCAUGCACAUGAAGGAGCAUCCCGACUACAAGUACCGGCCGCGGCGCAAGCCCAAGACGCUGCUCAAGAAGGACAAGUUCGCCUUCCCGGUGCCUUACGGCCUGGGCGGCGUGGCGGACGCCGAGCACCCGGCGCUCAAGGCGGGAGCCGGGCUGCACGCAGGCGCGGGCGGCGGCCUGGUCCCCGAGUCCCUGCUCGCGAACCCCGAGAAGGCGGCCGCCGCCGCCGCCGCCGCCGCCGCGCGCGUCUUCUUCCCGCAGUCCGCGGCCGCCGCCGCCGCCGCUGCCGCCGCCGCCGCCGCGGGCAGCCCCUACUCCCUGCUCGACCUGGGCUCCAAGAUGGCAGAGAUCUCGUCGUCGUCGUCCGGCCUGCCCUACGCGUCGUCGCUCGGGUACCCCGCCGCGGGCGCGGGAGCCUUCCACGGUGCGGCGGCGGCGGCUGCAGCGGCCGCGGCGGCCGCCGGGGGGCACACGCACUCACACCCCAGCCCGGGCAACCCGGGCUACAUGAUCCCGUGCAACUGCAGCGCGUGGCCCAGCCCCGGGCUGCAGCCGCCGCUCGCCUACAUCCUGCUGCCAGGCAUGGGCAAGCCUCAGCUGGACCCCUACCCCGCGGCCUACGCCGCCGCGCUAUGACCCCGCGGGGCCCACCCGCGAGGACCUGAGUGCGCACGUGUACAUAUGUAUAGGUUCGAGACUCGCGGCCUCCCCGUGCGCCCCGGGGGCGACUGGGGGCCCCGGGUGUGUGUACAUAGAUGUAUAGGUGUAGGGCAGAGGCGGAGAUUGCCAGCCGGGGCUUGAAUGGCCGGGCAAGAGCGAGCGAGCGUGCGUGUGGAUGCUAGGAUCCCUUCCCACCCGCACUUCCGCAGCCAACUUUAAGAGCGAGGAUGUGUGCGCCAGCUCGGUGUUCGCUUUGCACUUCGGAACCUGUUGCGUUUUGACCCAGAGAGGUGGGAGGAGAAAGUCUACGACUUUCCAGUUUUGUUGGUUGGAUUUUUUGCUUUUUUGUGUCUCAUGUUCCCCCCCCCCCCGCCCCCUCCGGUCCUCCUCGGUCUGUGUUGCAUGCAUCCGGUUCUGAUGCUAGGUCUGAAAUAUCUGGCAAAAGGGAGCAUUGAUGACCGGUCGUUAGCUUCUUAGAGGAGGGUGGCUCUGGGCCCCCUGCCUCUGUGUGUACUGUUUGAACUCUGCAGAACUCUGCAGACCCCAUACCGGAUCUACUCUUGACCAGUGACCGGCUCGAAUCGGGCCUUUGUAUGAGAGAUGAUCACCCGGCCUUCUGUUUCAUCCCGUAUGCAAAUCAAAGCGGGAGCUCUUUUUUUUUUUUUUUUUUUCCUUCCCCAAUAAAAAGAAAUGCAAAAAAACACGUGUAGGGUGGAAGUUGUCAGUUGGAUAUUCUAGGAAUCUGCCUGAGUCUGCUGGCUUGGACUUGUGACGCAGUUUACAUACGCGUGGAAAGCUCGCUUGCUACUUCCCCUCAGGGCUGAGUCCACCUUAAGACUGUAAAUGUGUGAAUGUCAAUGAAAACAUUGAGUCUUGGAAAAUGUGUUAUUCUCGUUGCCCUAAAUUUGAGUCGGUUUUAGACUCAAAAAAAAAAAA